CGUCACAACACUGAAGUGACAUGGCGGAGUUAGACGACAACGCUUGUGAGAAGGAAAAAUUGCUGGCAAAGAACAGUAGGACUGAAAACGGCGAAAACAUGAAAACACAGAAUCACAAGCAAGACACGUCCACAGCUGUUACCACCACUGAGUACUGCGAAAAAUUACAGGAGUGGAUGUGGCAGUAUUACUACAGUUAUAUGAACUGGCAGAGUUGGAUAGCCAUGUCUGCGUUUACCUUCCCACCGUGUUUCCAAACACAAGGAGCAAAUGAAACGCCCCGAGCAACGACAUGGGGUACAGAUAUGUCUAAUGGAGACCCUCGUAAUUGGUUUAGCAAUCCGUUUGCCUUUCCUGUACCAUCCUUUUCUGCCGCUGCAAGUAACGCAGCGGGUCAAGCUGGGGACGCAAGCAGUUCUCGAGCUCCAGCCACAGCACCUGCGCAGCUGCCACAACAACAGCAACAACAAAAUGGGAAUGCACAACAGCCAGGUCGGGAAUAUGCCAUCCCCUCUCCUCUGCAACGGUUCUUGGCAGAAAUGGUGGAUUUCUUUAUUCUUUUCUUCAUUAAAGCAACAAUUAUCCUCAGUAUUGUCCACUUGAGUGGAAUGAAGGACAUUUCAAAGUUUGCCAUGCAUUUCAUUGUAGAGGAGAUAGAUGAAGACACAUCCAUGGAGGAAUUACAGAAGAUGAUGCUUGUGGCUCUAGUGUACAGGAUAUUAGUUUGUUUAUAUGAGAUCAUAUGUAUUUGGGGAGCUGGUGGGGCAACACCAGGGAAGUUCCUCGUUGGCUUACGAGUCGUCACAUGUGACAGCUCUGUCCUUGUGCAACCCAACCGAGUCCUUGUGGUACCAGCGACUAAUGUCACCCUUUCUGCGUCAACGGUGAGAGCUUUAAACAAGAACUUCUCUAUCGCUUUCUUCUUUCCGGCAUUCAUCACACUUCUUUUCUUUCAGCACAAUAGGACUGUUUAUGACAUUGUGGCUGGAACCAUUGUGGUCAAGAGAAACAGGCUAAGAUGACUUGGUCAUUGAUGUCAUUAUCAACCCAACAUUGUAAUGCAAAAACAAGCUCAUAGAGAAGGGAGAGAGAACCGGCUGAAGUGUCAUAUAUUGAACUGAACUAAAGCUAUUUGGCCUCUAGGAGAUCUGUUACUUCAACAGCAGAAAAUGGUACUUCCAGUAUUUCUCACCCAUCUCUUCUGGACAUAGUCUUAUAAGCAUGAAUUGCUUUCUCAGAUGUAUUUUUAAAUUAUCUCUGUUGACAUCUUUGAAUAUUUUCCUUGUGCCAAAGUACGAUCAUUUAUAAAUGAGCCGCCUCGCAGUACUUGACCUUCCUCUGAUACGUAUUUUUCUCUCUAAAUUUAUUUAGCGUGUGUGGGCUAUUGAUUGGAACAUAUACUUAGGACAUUUUAUGUUUGAUAAAUGAAAUUUGAGCAGGAAUUAACAUAUUUUGCAUAGUGCAAUUGAGUUGGGUUAUAGAUUCUAAUCUACUGACUGCAUUUGUAUUUCAGAUAAAUGUUUUGUACCUAAUUAUUAGUCUAUUUUCUGGCAUUUAAAAGCUUGAAAAUGCCAGGAAAACAUUUUUUUUUUGUUUUUUACAACAGUGCUGUUUUGCAUUUUCACUGCAUGCCUUCUUCAGCUCUGUGUAAUGCACUAUCCUGAGCUGCUGAGUUGAUCAGUUCAGAACUUUGAGUUGCCUCAUUAUUUUCAGAAUUUGUUGGUUAUAUGGCCAAAUCAGAAGAAUUCAGUUAUGUCCCAGAGAAAGUUUUCUGUGUUGUCUCUGCUUAUGGAUUGACUAUUUAUACCAAUAAUAUAAAUUUCACAAACUACGUUUCCAUCCUUUUUUGCGAAAAAAGUUUUAGCGCAUCAAAUUUAAGCUGAUGGAAACGCAAUUUAUCGCUAAAAGUGUCGACAUAAUAUUUUUCCGUUUAACUUGAGCGCAUACACACUAUGUCGAUACAUCAAAUGUCGCGAAAAACUGGUUUUGAAACACUUUUUGUCGAGAAAAUUGGCAUUAACGCAAAAAUGUAGUGUCACAUGACAUAAUUUACCCCAAUCGUUAGCCUGUGUUAAUUAUGACGAAAAGGUAUACAUCCUUGAAAGCCAAUUUAUUGUACGUGAUUAUGGAUUGAUCUGAACGGCAUAUAGAUCCGAUCAUUGCAAACAUGACACUUCCAGGAGUGCCAACACAAAUAUCUCGUUUCAAGACAUGCAUACUUACAAGUGCACGGAGAUCAAAUGAAUGGCCACUGUUUGUGAUUAAUUUAAUCGCGGUAGACAUCCAUUUAUUUAUUAAAGUUGAUUUUUCACACCAUUCAAAAUAAUAGACCUGUAGCCCACAAUACAAAAAACAUAUAAUUUCUGUGCACAUAUGUUUUAAAUUAAAAAUAUAUGCACAAUACUAGAAGAAAAUCUUCAGUGUUCUUUUUUGGAACGCUAACAUGUAGCCCAAUUUGAUUAAAUUAUUGUUGAUACUUUUGAAAUAAUGCUGGCAAAAUUCCCUAUAUUAAAUUAAAUAAAUUGCCAAACGAAAAGCAUUAAAUAAAAAUAAAAAAAAUUACCAAACGAAAAAAACGUAUAUUUUUAGACCUAUAUAUGCCUUUUCUUUACACAAACUUAAAUUAGCCGUACCGUGUGCUGCAGACUAAUAAAGUCGGCUGAAUAACAUUUUCUACACUUCAGAACAUUUUAAAACUUUUAAAUAUUUUAAAUCUAACCCUCUUUACCUCGGAUCGCAUUUGCUGAGCUUCUUCAGAAAAUGUAAAUUGCAUUAUGGCACUAAAAAUAAUUUGAGAUGACAAUCAAGUUCAGUUGGUCGUUAAAAGUUGCUGGACAAAUAUACGGGACAUUAUGCAGUUGUGAUGGCAAUGCUUUAGAUUAGAUGAUUGUUCAAAAUAGCCUAUUGAAUAUCAGGAAUGUAUUAUAUUUGUAAACCCUGAUAUUACACCGCAUACAUUUUUCUUUAAUAGCUGUGCACACCGCAUAUACACAUCGAUUGAUGGUCCUUAUACUAAGACGGAAAAUGUCCACACUACUUGGUGCAGGUUGCCAGCUUGAACAGGGUAUUCACUUUCGGGUCAGAACCGGUGGCAACCUGCGAUAGGCGCAACAUCAGGACCAAUAUUACAGUCCUAUCAGAAGGGCAACUGCUCCCUGUUGAUUGCAGUUCCUCGUCUUCUGAUUGCAUUUAUUUGUGAAAAUAAAAUGACAGUAAGCUGGCUAAUUUCAAUUAAUUGUCUCAAUACUCUCCCCAUUUUACCAAAACUUAAGGGGAAAAAAAUGAGGGACAUCUGGGAAGCGAAUUAGCGAUAAAUACACAUUUCUGUAUGGAAACGGCUUAAGGGCAGAUUUCUUUUGCGCUAAACCAAAACUUAUGCGUUUAUGCUUUUUUUAGGCAUGACGUCAUCACGCACACCAUUUUUAUCGAUAAAAGGCCAUUUGAAACAUUUUAUUAUUUAGUGUAAAUUUAUAACUAAUACUUUGUAUUUUAUUACCCCUCAUAUAAACGAGUUACUACAGCUGUGUUGGGGUUUCUAAUACAGCUGCUGAAGGAUUGACAGUAAAUUUGUCAUCUUUCUUCUGACUGCUGUAAUCCACCACUCUGUAUUUUUUUUUUUUUUUUUUUUUUUGGGUCCACUGUAAACGCUAAAAAAUUAGCAGAACUCAAAAAAUGUGAGGAAAUCAGUUACAAUAAUAUUUUUAAAUUAAUAAACUCCCAAGUUUAAGUUAAUAGAACUGUCAGAUUUUGCAGAUGCACGUUAAUUGCUCUUAACUUGAAAUAUUGAGUAAGCUAACUCCUACAUUUUAAUGGCACUUAACUUUAAAUGUAACUCUAUGGCUGAACUUAAAAUGACCAUGUAGGCUCAACUUAAAUACAUCAAGUAGAGGGAACCUAACUAGCUAGUACAGUGAAUGUUAGCAUGCUGGAUGCAUGAGAAUUGGAAAUACUAUGCUAUGAUUAGCAUAGCAAUUGCUCAACAAGUAAAGUAAUAUACUGUAAAACAAUAUUAAACUGUACCGGUCCUCAACCAAAGCUUAAGCUCCACCAUUCACCGUAGUGGUAACCCCCAAAACUUUAACAUAACAGAAACUCAAGUAACUCAACAAAACAUUAAACACUAACAAGUCUCACCCUUUACAUUCAUCUUGCACAAAGACACAUUUCAUAACACUUAAUUUUAACAUUUACUCUCCUGGAUGAGUGCCAUGCAGGGCAUGCUGGGAAAUAAAAAUUGCCCAGUUUCAGUUAAAUUUAAGUUCCUGUAAAUUUAAAGAGUUCAUUAAACUCAAAACAAUAAAACAAUUCAGGUUACUUAAAAGGUGUACGUUUAAUGAACUCAAAAGAAAGAGAAAGUUCUAAAUACUCAUCAAGGUUAAUUUAUUUGAAUUCAUUUGUAUGAUAAAAUGUUUCCCUACUGAAAACAAUUAAUUAUUUGGAGCAAUUAGGUAAGCAAAAAUCAUACGAAAAAUAUGCCUGGCCAAAAAAAAAAGUUGCAUACUCUAAUAUUUCGUUGGACCGCCUUUAGCUUUGAUUACAGCACACAUUCAUCGUGGCAUUGUUUCAACAAAAUUAUGCAACGUCAUAACAUAUAUUUCUGUCCAGAUGUGCAUUAAUCUUUGGCUGAGAUCUUGUAUUGAUGACGGGAGAGUCAAACCACUCCACAUUGUCUUCUCCAGCACAUCCCAAAGACUUUAAAUAAGGUCAAGACUCUGUGGUGGCCAAUUCAUGUGUGAAAAUGAUUCAUCAUGCUCCCUGAACCACUCUCACAAUUUGAGCCUGAUGAAUCUUGGCAUUGUCGUCCUAGAUGAAAAAAUCUAUUGAUGGGAUAACCUGGUCAUUCAGUACAUUCAGGUAGUCAGUUGACUUCAUUUCAUUGCCAUAUAACGUUGCUGAGCCUAGACCUGACCAAUUGAACCAACCCCAGAUCAUAACACUGUCUCCAGAGGCCUGUACAGUGGGCACUAUGCAUGACGGGUGAUCACCGAUCACGAUUAUUAAAAAAAAAAAACAAAUUACGAUCACAUUUAUUCCACGAAGCUGACCGUUCAUCACUAUCCUUCCAGGUUUUAAUAAUGAGUUGGACAGUUCUUUACCCAAUUCCAGUGAUUUCAGCAAUCUCCUUAGUUGUUUUCUUUGCUUGAUGCAGGUCAGUAGUUUGCCCCUUCUGAAACACAGUAACAUCUUUUCCAUGACUAUGGGAUAUGUCUUCUGACAUGGUUGUUUAAGAAAUGAGAAGCUACACACUGUAUCAGUUAGGGUUAAAAUAAUUGUUGCCAGCUGAAACAUAUUAAUCACUGCAAUAAUGAUCAAAUCAUAGGCUCUUAAGUAUCUGCUUAUUUAAAUCCAAAUUGUGACUGUUUUUUGGUCAGGCAGUGUAUUUGCUUUGGUCUCCCACAGAUAUAGAAGUUUACUCUGCUGUUGUUUACAUCUGCGUUUUAAACAUGGAUGUGUGAAAAGGGUUCAUAACAAUUAGAGAGUAAAACUCUUUAGAACAGACAACUUACUGUAUUUGUACAGGGAUGGAAAAAAAUUAAAGCAUAUGGGGGGAAAAAGGAAUUAAACUUUGAAAUUACAGUUACAGGCAAAGGUAAGCUGCAUUAGGUUCGCUUCCAAAUAGCACUAGGCCUAUGUGUCAGUUUUAAAAGAGUUAUGACUGAUUAUUUGAAUUUAAUUGUAUUAACUUUCAAAGUAAAAAAUAAUGACAUUAUAAUUAUUAAAGCUGAAGUGUGCUACUUUCUACGCAAAUAGCAUCACCAAAUGGAAUUGAACAAAUUAUUAAAAUGCUACAAUGCCAUUGAUACUUUGAAGUUUAGACCAUGAACACUGGCACCUAUUAGGUGUGUUCCUCAUCAAAUCUCAUGAGUUACCAAUAGAUGGGAGUGAGAGACCAGCAGGCUUGCCAUGUGCACUGCCUGUGGACAUUGAACAAGUCACUCGUGCAUUAUUCAUGAAACAUGAGCAGAACAAAUUUGAUCGUAAAUUGCUAGUAAAACCUUUCUUAUGUGAAUUUUCCCAUUCAAUAUAAUUGGACUAAUAGCAAAAAUGGAUUUAUGAACAAUUGGCUCACAAAUUUGAUUUGACUGAUGCUUGUGUUACAUGAAUAUGCCCCAAUGUGUGCAUAUUUAGGAAAUAAAUUGUUUAUAUAACCCUAUUUAUCAUUAACACAUGUGCAUCGCUGAAAUCUCAAAAUGAGACAAAAGCCUAGUGAAAUUUAAUAGUCCAGAAGAUCAAUACCAGUAAUAAAUACUGAUAUCAGAGUGAUGAGGUAGAUGUACUAUAGAAGUUUAGUCUGAAUUCCAAAUUGCACCUACCUGCAGGUGUAUCAUAAACAUCUGUUUUAAGAGUUAUAUUUGUUUGUGUGUCCUAAACUAUGAAUAUAUGGAUAUAUGCCCCAUUGUUUUCACUUUUGUCAUUUCCACUAGAUAUCUUUGUCAGGUGAUAGGCUUUCUCUGCAAGCAAUAAUGAAAGGUGUGUAAAGCUGACAGGGACAGAUAGCUGUCUCUGACCAACAGACCCUCAUGCUUCACACCACAAAGAUCUUUUUUUGGUCUCUCUUCCUCUCUACUCGACCUUACUGCCUUGUAAUACCCUCUCACUAUCAGACUGCGUCCACUGCUGUUUCAUUACAGUUAUCAGUAAGCAGUGCCCAGCCAUGAUCGGCCUGACUUUGUUUAUCUCACAAGUCAUAUUGAGCAUGCUAUGUUUACUAUUUGACGUCAGUACAAGCCAUGGCUCUGUGUGGGGGCACCAAUCCUCCUACUGCUAUUAUGAUGAUGCUAGCUGAUUAUGUACUAUUUAAUCAAUUUUCUAAGAAUGUUAAGCUCUUCAAUGUAUGGCAUCAUAAGAUGUGUAGUCUGAUCUGUUCAAACCUAUAUUAUGUCUGAUCAAAAAGUUAAUUCUAGAAUAUGAUGUCUGAUACAAUACAAGUAUGCAGGCAUUCAUCUAUGCAAGUGUAAGUUUGUUUGUAAGUACAUACAUACAUGUGUCGCAUGUCUGUGAGUGAGUAGAGUUGUCUGUGUGGCCUUAAGGGUGAGAGGAAAAAAGGAGUCAGCCUUCAAGGCAUGUUGUCAAGAGCUUCCUUUAAACAGGUUCAUUGGCUUAUUGGACUGCAAUCUCUCUCAUUAAUAUGUGAUGUGUCUUACUUUUGUAGUAAUGAUGUCAUCAGCAGCCAAUCAAAAGCCAGGAUGACUGUGAUUGGUGCUACCUGAUUGGCUAUUCCAUUGGAAAUAAGAUGGGGUUGGGUAUCUUAUCAUCCAAGACUGAUGUUCACUCUGAGGCUUAUCAAAACAAGUCUGCUCUGCUAGAUCAAUGAUCAAAAUAGACAAAAGCGAGGUGCAGCUUUCUCAAAUAACAAUAAAACCCUCACUGUCAUCUUUAACACAUAAUCAGGUUUUACCAUGCUGUAACGCUGUCUUUAACACCUUGAGGCUGCAACACAGACAAUCAUAUUAUCGAAUUGUGGAUUUAUGUGCUGUAGAUCGAGUGCUGUUGAAAAAUGAGGGAAUUCUUCUUUGCUUGAGGUGAAAACAAGUAGCCCACCUGUAUUUUGACAGCAUUCAUGUUUGGUCCUCUAAACAAACAAACUUUAUUUUUCCAUUUUAUUUUUCAAUUUUAUUAUUAUUAUUAUUUUAUUUUUUUUUUUGCCAUACAAUAUUGUCAGAAUAUUAGUUUUUGUUUUAUUAGUCAUUAUUUUGCUUUUAUGUACAAUACUUCUCAUAAGACUCUGAUUUUGACCAAAACUAUGAUAGCCAAAACUACUACAUGAUUUCAUCUACAUGAUUACUACAUGUGUUUGAGAUAUGAAAUUAUUUAUUAUAAAUCAAUUUUAAGUGAAGUGAUAUAGUGAAACUUUGAAAAGAAGAACCAUGAACCACAAUGUUGAUUACCACAAAAAAUAAUUUCGUCUCAUCCUUCGUUUAUUUAAAAAAAAAAUAAUAAUAAUUUGUGGUUACCAUAAGGUAUUUAACAAUGGAAGUGAAUGGGGCCAGUCCACAAACACUACAAAUACACAGUUUCAAAAGUAUAGCCACAAGAUGUAAACUUUAUAUGUGUUAAAAUGAUAUUAGUGUGAAAAAAUCGCUUACUAAUUUUAGUAAUUGUAUAUAACUUUACACAGGUAAGGUUAGUAAGCGAUUUUAUAAAAGUAAAAUCAUGUUAACAUGUAUAAUGUUCAAGUCAAGUCAAAAAGUAGUGUUAUGCAUUACAUUUUAUAUUUCAAUUAAUUUAAUUUCAAGUACAUUACAGGGUUACGCUUAUGUCUAAUAUAUUAUUUGUGUAGAAUACAUAAAUUGUGGCCCUGUAACGAAUAAUUGUGAAGGAGAAAUGUGAGGUGCUGAGUGUAUGACUUGUGUGUGACAAUGAACAAGAAAGAAAUAUAGACAUUAUUUUGAAAUUGUUGAGCAAAGAAUUGUUUUAGACAGUGACUUAAAAAUAAUUUUUGAUGUGAUUACUUUUUCAAUGAAGUAAUUAGUAAAGUAAUUUGAUUACCAUUUUAGAUAAAUAAUUAGUAAUUUGUAGUGGAUUACUAUUUUUAAAUAACUAACCCAACACUGAUACUGUUUACAUCCUAUAGCUAUACUUUUGAAACAGUGUGUAUUUUAGCUUUUAUGGACUGGCCCCAUAGACCUUAUUCACAGCAGUGCAUUCUUUGAUUUUUGACGGGAAUGACAACAAGGCUGAGAGGGAUAGACGUACAGUCUCUUCAGUGGGUUGAACUGCAGUUUAAAGUGUUUUUGGAUCGUUCCAUGGACAAAACAUUGAAAAAACAUCUUUUCAAGAACAUUCAGUAGACAAAAAACAUAGUUGUGUAAAAUCAGAUGUGACCUAGGAGCUUUUUACAGCUUUAUACUGUGCGUGGCAUUGAAGAGAUGUAAGUCUAUCCCUCACAGCCUCAUUGUAAUUUCCAUUAAAAGUUGUAAUUUCCAUUAAAUAUCAAAAAUGGUGCUACCGUGACUAACGCUGCCUUCAUGUGCUAUCUGAAUUAUCCUACUUCCCACUUCUGAAGUGGUAAUUACAAGUAUGUUGUUUUCACGUGCUUUGUUGUCGGAAAGAAAAUGAAACAUGGACGAUGACAGGUUCAUUCAUGUAUUUUUCUUGAGGAACUUUUAUUUUGACACCAUAAUACAUAUCAUUCAGUAAGCUUGCUGACGAUAAUGGAAUUUUGGUCAAAUACAAGCUAUUUUCACAGUGUAAAAAUGUACAACGUGUAGAAUUGUUGCUGAUAUACAUAAAUGUAUUUGCACAAAAACGGCAAACACUAACAAUUAGCUGUAUUUAAAAAAUGAACAAAACCUGUAAUUCACUACAGAAACUAUACUCUCCUCCACCAUGUUGAAAGUUUAGGACUCCUCCCAUCUUGGAAACUCGGGUAUCAAGAUUAUCUCCAAGUUUCCCAGUCGUAAUUACGACUUGAGGGGUCAUUCAUGUGUAACUUCCAAGUGGGAAACUCGUAUUUACGAUAAUUCCGAAAGCACGUGAAGGCAGCAUAAGAUCUAUUCACCUCCAUUGCAGGUCCUUUACUGUAGCUGCUUUUUUUAAUAUACGAAGUACGAGUCGAAAUAAUUUUUUUGUGGUAAUCAGCAUUGAUUGAGCUUAAAUUGUAUUGAAUCCAGAACAUAAAUUUAAUACUGCCAAGUAUUUACUGCAGUAUUUACUGUAGUGUUGUUUUAAAUUGUUGGGACUGUCAGUGUUAACCUAUAUAAUAUAUAAUUUCAAGAAUAUUAGCUGUGUUUACAAAUACUUUUAUUCAUCCCUGUGGGAAGAGAAAUUGCAAUGUAGCAGCAGAACAGUUCACUUGAAAUGUACAUAAGUGAAACGCUCAGUCAUCCUCAGAAUUUAGACUAGAGUACACCGUUAUCACAGUUUAAAAGUGCUGACUAACCUUAUCAAUUACCCAGUGUCUGUCUGUAAGCCGAUUAAUAUUUAACACCUCCCAAGUUUACACACUGGCAGCCUUUUGACUAUGCCUGUGUGACUUGUGGCUAUAUGGCAGAUGUUUUCAUUAUGCAACUAAAUGGAGACUUUAGUGUACUUUAUAACAAAAGGUGUUGACAUAACGGUGCAAUCUCAGAGGGGACUGAUUUGACACUAAAAGUGUGAUGCGUUAAAACAUGUCUAUUUUCCAUGUCUGAAUGCUGUACUGUCUAUUAUGUGAUGAUUUGAUUUAGACCUGUAAUUAAUUAUUAAUGAGCUGAUUUUCAGAAAAAGCUCUGAGUGGGAGCUCCAUUCAAUGGCAGCUGCCGGUGAAUCAAAGGAUGCACAGCUUGCCAGGGCUACAGUGUUGUGAAAGAUAGGUCACAAGAUUAUAGGAGACAGAGAAACAGUGCUUGGUUAAACUGCACAUUUUAAUGUAUGUAUUCAAAGAGUGCAUUUCCCUGGCAAGUUGUGCAUUUAAUUUUGGAAAUUGUAACCACUAAAUAAUGUCCUCGACCUCACAGUUGUUAUUUAUUUAUUUAUUUAUUGUGAGUAUGUUUCCUUGAAUGAUGAAUUGGGAGGCAUUCUUUAGUUCUUUCUUAGUCAUUCCGCUAAUAGUGAAUUCAGUCAAGCUGUACAAGUUCUCCUUUUUGGCUUCAAGCAGAGGGAAAGUGUCUGCCUGGCAACAGUUUAGUUGUUUACUAAACAAUUCAUACCUCAACAAAUUCGCAUCAGGGCCUAUUUUCGAAUUUCAUUUCUCGUCUUUCCCAACAUGUGGUAAAUGGUGGGGGAACUGUGCGGAAUAACUGAGAGAAAUCUAAAUGAAAAUGUUCAUCUUUGGAAAGAGUGACUGUCUCACUGAGGUUAGAAAUGUUGCAAUUACAACUUGGACGGGUCUGAUUAGGUGUACACUAUGGUCUAGUAUUUUUAUAACAUACAAACAGAGACAGUGAAAUAGUUUAAUCAUUGUGUGUGUUCAUAGAUGAAAUGUGUUUGCUUUUUGUUUUUGAAGUGAAAUAACAAUGUUAAACCUCACAGUUUGCCACACCCUCUUUUAUUUCAUUUAAAUAAUUUCUGCUGAUUUAAACAGCUGAACUUCAUAUUCCUUCAUUGCCAAUCCUUUUUUAGCAAUAGAGCAGAAUAAAGAUGAACUUUGGCACUGAUUACAACAGAGUCUGAUGUUUUCAAUCAAUCAGCCUCUAAGCUGGGGACUUUGUCAAGCAAGCAUAAAAAAAUAAAUUAAAAGAAAAUGCAUUAAAGAAUACAAAAAUU